GACACUACCUCCUCACCUCUCCACAAUCUCAAAGCCCAAGAAGCCCGCAAAGCCAGAAACACAGAAAUGGCCGCUUCAACCAUGGCGCUCUCCUCCCCCUCCUUCGCCGGCAAGGCGGUCAAGCUCUCCCCAUCAGCCCCCGAGCUCCUCGGCAACGGCCGCGUCAGCAUGAGGAAGAGCACCGCCAAGUCGGUCUCCUCCGGGAGCCCGUGGUACGGCCCCGACAGGGUCAAGUACCUCGGCCCGUUCUCCGGCGAGCCCCCGAGCUACCUCACCGGCGAAUUCCCCGGCGACUAUGGUUGGGACACAGCCGGGCUCUCGGCCGACCCCGAGACCUUCGCCAAGAACCGCGAGCUCGAGGUGAUCCACUGCAGGUGGGCCAUGCUCGGGGCCCUGGGCUGCGUCUUCCCGGAGCUCCUGGCCCGUAACGGAGUCAAGUUCGGCGAGGCCGUUUGGUUCAAGGCCGGCGCCCAGAUUUUCAGCGAGGGCGGGCUUGACUACCUCGGCAACCCGAGCCUGAUCCACGCCCAGAGCAUCCUGGCCAUCUGGGCCUGCCAGGUGAUCCUCAUGGGAGCCGUUGAGGGCUACAGAAUUGCUGGCGGGCCACUCGGUGAGGUCACCGACCCGCUCUAUCCGGGAGGGAGCUUCGACCCGUUGGGACUAGCAGACGACCCCGAGGCCUUCGCCGAGCUCAAGGUGAAGGAGAUCAAGAACGGCAGGCUUGCCAUGUUCUCGAUGUUCGGGUUCUUCGUCCAGGCCAUCGUGACCGGGAAGGGCCCCUUGGAGAACCUGGCCGACCACUUGGCCGACCCCGUCAACAACAACGCCUGGGCCUACGCCACCAAUUUCGUCCCCGGAAAGUGAAAUCUCUUCAUGGAUUAGCGGUUUACCCGUUGGAAAAGGAUUGUGUUUGGCACAUGAUUGUAUCGAUCUGUCUCGUGGACGCGUGAUGUAAUGUAAAUGUCUGCAAAUUAAUGGAGAGGACGAUGUUUCGAGUUUUUUGCAGAAUAUGCAAUGUUAUGUUAUUUGCUUGGUCUUU